AUGUUCAAAGAUUUCGAUUACGCAACCACUCUUCGUGGUCUAAUACUUCCUUUCGCAUAUGUCGUUGUCCUCGUCGGAUCUCUAGUAACAUUUUCGUCCUUAUAUAGAAAGCGCAUAGCAGUUAAAUCUGCGACUCUUGCGCCUUGGUUCCCACACCAUCUGCAAAGGAACAUUUACUUUUCUCUAGCUCAUCUUGAGCCAGAAGAGGGGGACGAGAAAACGCCAAAAGUACCAGCGGAGCUUAUUCGAGCGGCUUUACUAAGAAGGGCUGUCGAAGAUAUUUACCGAAUUAUUCACAUUAGAACAGCGAAGCAAGCAUGCAGUACCUUAUUACAGAGGGGGAGCGUUGGCGAUGAUCUAUGGCAAAGAUUCUUGAGAGCAGAGAAAGAAAUGGAAGAGGAACUUAGGGAUGUGGUUAUGGAGGCAAAUGGAUUGGCACCAAAUUGGGGACAGACAAUCUUCCAGUCGGCCAACGAAAUCUACACGAAUAAUCAGUUCAGGAAGAGCCUCGAUGACAUACAAGCCAGGACCCAAUCUGAGAAGGAGUGGUGGGAGAAACGUCGAGCCUCAAUCCAGUCAGAAUUUAUGAAAGAGUUAGAUCAAGAAGCAGAAGCCAAGGCAUCCAAGUUUACCUCGCCUACCAAGGCCCAGAGUGUUAUGAGCGACGAGGAUGCCAUUCUAGUUCAAGGAGGUGGGCCAGCAGCUAGCGAACAAGGAAGCCCCAGCAGGAAGAAGAAGGGAAAGAAAUAA